UCAGACCAGUCUGUAGCAAACAGUGCUUCGCAGCCGGCCGUCCAGGGACUCUCCUUUUUUCUGGGUGUCCCUAUCAGAUUUUCUUCAGAUACAACAAGACGUUUUUCCCAUGUUCCAUGAGGUGCUGCGGGGCCCACUUCCACCCAGAGUGCUGCCUUUCCUGGCAGCUGUGCUUUUCCAAAGGAAGGAGAGGAAAGAGACUGGGUUUUAUCACUGGCGGUGGGAAAAGCACCCUUACUACAACCUAACAGUGAAAGUCCUCCGAGCCAGAAACAUCAAGGGUACAGAUCUGUUGUCCAAGGCAGACUGCUAUGUGGAACUAAAGCUGCCCACUGCAUCUCCCAUAGUCUCCCGAACUCAGGUUGUUGACAACUCUGAUAACCCAGAAUGGAAUGAAACUUUCCAGUAUCGAAUCCAUAGUGCUGUCAAGAACAUUCUGGAAUUAACCCUCUAUGAUAAGGAUGUCCUUGUCAGUGACGAGCUCACGUCUAUUGUCUUCGAUGUAGGGGGCAUGAAGCCGGGUCGGCCCCUGCUGCGCACUUUCAGGUUGAACCCUGAGGCUAAUGAAGAGCUGGAUGUAGAGUUUUACUUGGAGAAAUGCUCAGAUGUCCCUACAGAGGUACUGACCAAUGGAGUCCUUGUGGUUCAUCCUUGCUUGACUCUGCAAGGCACUGUUAACAAAGAGGAAAACUCCAAAGAGAAACAGCAAGGGUGCUGUGAAGUUAAGGUGUCUGUCCCAGGGGCAUAUCAAAAGCAGUUGUGUAUUCCUUGGACACCAGAUAAUGAGAAGGAUUGUGGAACCUCAUUUGUUUUUCAUGUGGAUAAAGAAAUGUGUCCAGAACUGCAAGUGCAGCUGGAGCAAACCAUAUCUGUCCUACAGGAUGGCGUGAACCCUGAGGUUGAAAAGCAUACCACAGUUCUGGGAUUGGGAACUGUACCAGUUAAUUCCCUUCCUAUUGGAGAAAAAGUUGAUAGAAUCAUUUCUUUGGGAGAGGGACAAAGUUUGGAUAUGACUUUGAAAACUGAAGAGAGCACUUGGGAUCUUGAUAUACGUCUGGGUUUUGACCUCUGUAAAGAGGAGAGAGAAUUUUUGGACAAAAGGAAGAAAGUAGUAUCUGAGGCACUGAGAAAGACUCUUCACUUAAAAGAAUCCCCUCCAAAAGAUGAGGUUCCAGUCAUAGCAGUACUGGGGUCCGGAGGUGGAACGAGAGCGCUGACAUCAUUCUAUGGCAGUCUUGCUGGGCUUCAGCAGCUGGGCCUUUUGGAUGCUGCAAUAUAUCUCUGUGGGAUUUCUGGCUCUACUUGGUGUUUAUCGACACUGUAUCAAGACCCUGACUGGUCACAGAAAGACCUUCAAGAUGCAAUUGGAAGAGCUCAGGUUGCUGUGUCCAGCAGCAAAGCAGGGGCAUUUUCCCCAGAACGACUGAAAUACUAUUUCCAGGAGCUGAAUGCAAUGGAGAGUAGUGGACGUAAAGUUUCCUUUACGGAUUUGUGGGGCCUUAUUGUGGAAUUUUUCCUACAACAGAAGGAAGACCCAUCAAAGCUGUCUGAUCAGCAAGAAGCAGUGAAAUGGGCCCAGAACCCUUACCCUAUCUAUGCAGCUGUCAAUGUGAGACCCAAUAUGAGCAGUGGUGACUUUGCAGAAUGGUGUGAGUUCACUCCCUAUGAAGUUGGAUUUCGCAAAUAUGGAGCUUUUGUCAAAACAGAGGACUUUGACAGUGAGUUCUUCAUGGGACGGCUUGUCCAGAAACAUCCAGAGCCCAGGAUUUGUUUUCUACAAGGAAUGUGGGGCAGUGCUUUUGCGGCAAGCUUGGAUGACAUCUGCCUGAAGGUGGUUGGUAUAGGACUGAGCUUUCUAGAUUCUUUCAAAGAUGUUAUCAAAGUUGUAGAUGACUGCCGAAGAUUCCAUUUCCGAGACCCAGCACGACUGAAGACUCGCUUGGUUAUACCUGGGGGCCCCUUGCUACAAAUUUUUCAGGAUUUCUUCAAGUCCCGGGUCACAUGUGGAGAAACUUUCAACUUCAUGAAGGGAUUGUAUCUUCAUAAAGAUUAUGUUAACAUCAAGAAGUUUGUGACUUGGAAAGGUACUCAUCUGGAUGCAUUUCCCAACCAGCUGACCCCCAUGGAAGAGAGCUUGUAUUUAGUGGAUGGUGGAUUUUCCAUCAACUCUCCCUUUCCUUUGGUACUUCAGCCAGAGAGGGAUGUGGAUGUUAUCUUGUCAUUCAAUUUUUCCUGGGAAGCUCCAUUUGAGGUUUUAGAGCUGACUCAGAAAUAUUGUGAGGAGCGGGACAUUCCUUUUCCAAAAAUCAAAUUUAGUGAUGAAGAUGAAAAGAAGCCAAAGGAGUGUUACGUGUUUGUGGAUGAUAAUAAUCCAAAGGCUCCAAUUGUAGUCCAUUUCCCAUUAGUGAAUGACACCUUCCAGAAAUACAAGGCUCCAGGAGUUGAACGUGAGUCAGAAGAAGAGAAAUCCUUUGGUGACUUCAUCAUUGAGUCAAAGGAUUCUCCUUACCGUACACUAAAUUUCACCUUUGAGCCCUAUGAUUUCAGCAGGUUGGUGGAAGUGAAUCGCUACAAUGUUCUGAACAGCAAGGACACUCUCUUCAAGACCCUGAACUUGGCUCUGCAAAGGAGAAAGUUGAAGAAGGUCAUCAAUAAGUCCAAUACAUGAGCGGCUUCCAGAGCUGAGGAUACAGAGAGGCUGCAGUGUACAAAAACCAUGAGGUUCAAGACAGAAUACUGAAAACAAAUAGCUGGAAAUUAUCUUCUUGGCAAGGGAGUAGUACAUGUGACACUGAAAAUUCAUUCCAGAUAACGUGCUCUGAUGAAAACUCAAGGGAUGUACUGUACAAUAUGGAUGUUGCUUCCUUGUGUGGGGAAGAGUAAGGAAUCACCUAGCCCAGUAUCUCAAUUUACAGUGGCUGAUGCCAGAUGAUUAGGGUGGUCUAUUCAAACAGUUCCAGCAUCUGGAGAAUAAUCUUCCAAACUCCACUGAACGAUGCACCUCUUUUUGUCCAAGGUGUGUUAGUGUUUGAGGAAACACUGAUUCCUUCUGUACUUUUACCUCUCUUGCUUUUUGAACCUCCCUUCAUGAACUUUUACAAUUUACAUCAUCUUGGAAGUAACUCCACAGAUACACAUACACUGAGAGAGAUGUGUCCUUUUGCUUUCAACUUCUAACUGGCUAAUGCCUGCAUACUUUCAAGACCUAACAGUCAUGACUUGCUUUCUAUUUUCACCAUUCAUGAUUUCAAAGAUCUUUAUGCUAUUUCCUUCCUACCCUUCUCAAGGGUUUGAAUGGCUUUUAGUCUACCAGAAAAUCAGUAUUGAGUACAGAAAAUCGAUGUUGUUUAUUUUCAUAAACAAUUUGUUUUUGAGGAAAUAAAUAUUUGCUUUUUUAUGUCUAACAAUUAAAACCACAUUGUGGGAUUGUAGUGCUUCUUCCUACAGUUUAAUCAUCAUGAGAUGAUGAAAGUACUAUAAGUCUCAUCUUUCUCUUUGUGCAUAAGAGGAAGGAAGGCUCCUUUGAAGGUUUGAAUUACAUAUUUUCUACCAUACACUUCAGUGUGCAAUUCAGCCAGACCUUUGUUGGAGGAAUUUGCUUGUCUUAUAUAUUUUAGAAACAUCAAUAGUCAAGGCACACCUUACAAAUGUGAAUGAAUAAAACCAGUGUUGGGUGCUGCAGUGCUGUGGGAUGGAAUUUCACCUCACUUUGUGUAAAGCUUAGAGAAAAGGACUGAAUUAUGCAGUUGGAAAAUAUGUAACAUAACACAAUGACAAACAAUCAUUGUUUACUUUUGUGGCUUUUACACUGAUUUGAAUGUACUGUAUUUGAAAACCAGAGACAGGAAAUUUGUCUUAUGAAAGAAUGUAAAGGCUUAUAGAUGAGGAUGAUUCUUCAUACAUUUUUUAAUGUGUUUCUCUUUUAAUAAAUAUUAGUUUUUCACACAUGUUUUUCACAGUUUUUCUUAUAAACACUUGUCUUCAUAUAUUUUUCCUUAUUU